AUGUAUCUAAAUUAUAUCUUGCGCUUUCUAAAUUUAUUCAUGGUCUGGUUUCAAGCUAUGUGAUUUUCAAAUGCAGCAAAUGCAGCGAACAGACCCUGUGGACUGGCCAUUAGGCAACACUCGGCAUUUCCGGCCCUCUCGCGAUCCCUCUUGCCGAUUCUCCUCUCUCCCCAACCUUUCUCCUCAUCGCGUCUCCUCUUUUCAUCUCGAGGACCCAUCGAUUCCAGUCUCUUGUUCCACUGUCCACCUGCCGAUGGCUGCCAAGUCAUGCAUUGCAGUUUGUCUGCCAACCAACCAACCAACAGCACGAUCGCCUCACGUCCCCACGCGCGUCAUUUCCGUCCAUCACCGAACCUGAGCAGCAGUGGAGAACCAGCAGAUAUGCGUCAUUCCUCGGAAG